GGCAGGCCCUGGGAUGCUUGUCUGCAGGUACUCACGUGCCUGAGCACUUACCACCGUCCUGCACCCCAGCCUGCAACGAGCGUGAGCAUUGCGCACCGGUAGGGCCUGGCGUACCCUCAUGCACAUGAGUUGGACGCGGUCCGCUUGUAAAUUUCGAUGUUACUCCCGGACGCCUUCGAGACAAUGGCAGGUCCCUUGCAAACGACGCCUCGCUACGGCCACUCCGGCUAGCUCAACCUCAAAUUUGAGGAACAUGGCUCUCGUAGCGCACAUCGACUCUGGGAAGACAACACUCACAGAGUCGAUUCUACUGAGGUCUUCCUACCUCAGUCACGCUGGCUCGGUGGACACAGGAAGCACCACAACCGAUUUCUUACCUGCGGAGCGCGAGCGAGGGAUUACCAUUCAAUCUGCAAGCAUUCCAGUGAAAUGGAGAGACUGGACGUUCAACCUGAUCGACACUCCGGGUCACGCGGACUUCGGCAUGGAAGUCGAGAGUGCCAGCCGGGUAGUGGAUGGCGCGGUGGUCCUCCUAGACUCAGUAGAGGGAGUUGAAGCGCAGACGAAGGGUGUCUGGAGACAGCUGGAUAGAUAUGGCGUCCGUUCGCGGCUCAUAUUCCUGAACAAACUAGACCGUGUCGGAGCAUCGUUCUCCCAGUCUAUCACAUCGCUACUCACGAAUCAGUUACACCCGCGCCCGGUCGCGCUAUCACUGCCUAUUGCGUCUUUUGACCCACAGGACUACGCACAAGCCGAACCAGGGAUCCAAGGUCUAGUGGACUUGGUAAAGUGGGAGAUCUGGAGAUGGAACGCAAAUGGCGAGUCGUCGAAACAAGCUUUACCGCGCAGCAUCGAAGAGCUGGAGCAAAGCGCCAUUCUGCCUCCCGCACAUCCUGUGUUAGGUCAACUGAUUCCUGCGAGGACAAGCCUGCUCGAAACCCUUUCCAUGUUCUCCGACGACCUGCUGCAAACAUUGCUUGGCCUGCCUCCCGAUCCGUCAGCCUACCUCACUGUGCCGCCUUCCAGUAUCAUACCACACCUACGUGCAGCCACCGUGCGAAGUGACAUCCUACCAGUCCUUUGCGGGUCAGCAUUCAAGCAUAUAGGGACCGAAAUGGUGAUGGACUACGUUGGGGAGCUGUUCCCUAGCCCGGUCGACAUGGUCGAUGAUGUACCAAAGGCAAAGGCACCGCUCCGUAUGCUCGCCUGGAAGGUCGCUUGGGAUAAGCGGAAGGGGUGGAUGACGUUCGUACGGAUAUACUCAGGGACGAUCACUAAACAGAGCGUUGUUUUCAACGCGACUCGUCAGCAGCGGGAGCGCGUAUCGAAGAUACAGCUGCUGUAUGCGUCGCAAGCAGAAGAUGUCGAUUUUUUGUCAUUUGGACAAGUAGGCGUGGUACUGGGUCUGCGCUUCACGCGAACGGGAGACACUCUAGUCUCCAACCACAAACCCUCAGAAGCGUCGUCGCUACGUGACAUCGUCCCACCUCCACCCGUCAUGUCUGCUUCGAUUAUUCCACAGUCGCAAUCAGACACGGAACCCGUCCAAGAGGCCCUCGCUUCUCUCGCUCGCACCGACCCCUCAGUCCGCUUUGAGGUCCAAGAAGGGCAGAUCCUCGUGCACGGCCUCGGCGCGCUUCACCUGGAGAUCAUCGAGAACAGACUCAGAGACGAGUGGCAAGCCAACUUCGAGUUCGGCAAGCGCAGAGUCAGCUAUCGCGAGUGCCUGGGUCCCAACGACCCCAGCCCGACUGAGAACACCUGGUCCACGGACAUCUCUGGCAGAAGGAUCACUGUACAAAUGGACUUCGCCAUCCGUGAGCUUCAGGGCGACGAGGAGGGCGACCCUCUGUGGGACGACAACGUCGUCAUCGAUCCUGACGGCAAACCGCUACGUGCCCCAGACGACGCCCUCAGCGAAGUCGACCCGCUCGCCCGUGGCAUCUCAAGCUUGCUCUCGAAUUCUCCGCAUACAUCACUCGCGUUGUCACACCUCCAUAUACAAGUCAAGGGCUAUAAGUAUCCUAGCGAAACGGCCUCGCCUUCGGUACUCGCAGGUGCGAGUGCGUCCAUCCUACGGGACUGCCUGAAGAAUGCGGGCAUGGGCGACGUGAUGGAGCCGUAUAUCCGUCUCAAAAUCACCGUAAACGAGGACUCCGUUGGCAAGGUCGUCAAGGACCUGACGGAGCGUGGUGGGGAGGUACUCGACCUGGGUACAGGCUCGGGCAACGUCGCAGAUCCCGAUGCAGACGCUGUGCCGUUCUCGGAGGACGGCGUAUACAUCCCGCCGAAGGAGCUGUCACCUUCAGCUGCAAACCCGACUGCGCGCGCAGGUAGCUCUUCGCAGUACAAACGGUCUAUCUUCGCUGUCGCGCCGCUCAGUCAGAUGCUCGACUAUUCAAGCCGGUUACGCGCACUCUCGGGCGGUCACGGCCUCUUCGAGAUGGUCAACGCGGGAUUCAGGAAGGUGUCGCAGGCGAGAAAGAUGGAAAUCCUGAGAGAGAUAGGGCGAGCAUGACCUCUGUACAAUGC